GCAGGAAAUCGAAACACCAGGCGCCAUCUUGUCUGAGCCGACUCCUUCCGGACUACAUUUCCCAGAGGCCUCGCAGGAGCAGGGCCGCUCCUUCACUCGCUUGCCCGACCGUCGGCCUCCCGGGAAGGGUAACUGCAAGCUCUGCUCUUCUCAGAUAGGUCCCCAGAGGAAGAAGGAGGAAUGGCUGUUGACCAAGCCAAAUAAAAGGAAAACAGCCCCAAGGAGAACUGAUCCUCUCCUGCAAUACUGAAAGAAAGCCAUGGCCCAGGGCUCAGUGGUGUUCAGUGAUGUGUCUGUAGACUUCUCGCAGGAGGAGUGGGAGUGCCUGGACUCUGGUCAGAGGGACUUGUACAGAGAUGUGAUGUUGGAGAACUAUAGCAAUCUGCUGUCAAUGGGAUUUUACAUUCCUAAGCCUCAAGUCAUCUCCUUAUUGGAACAAGGGAAAGAGCCCUGGAUGGUUGGCAGAGAGCUGACAAAAGGCCUAUGUUCAGAUCUGGAAUCAAUGUGUGAAAACAAGUUAUUAUCUCUGAAGAAGGAAGUUUAUGAAAUAGAAUCAUGCCAGAGGGAGAUAAUGGGACUUACAAAGCAUGGCCUUGAGUACUCCAGUUUUAGAGACAUUUUGGAAUAUAGAAGCCACUUUGAAAAACAACUGGGAUAUCAAAGUGGGCAUUUAAGCCAAGAAAUAUUCACUCAUGAAUACAUGCCCACAUUUAUUCAACAGACAUUUUUUACUCUACAUCAAAUAAUUAAUAAUGAAGAAAAGCCCUAUGAAUGUAAAAAAUGUGGAAAGGUUUUUAGUCAGAAUUCACAAUUUAUUCAACAUCAGAGAAUUCAUAUUGGUGAAAAAUCUUAUGAAUGUAAGGAGUGUGGGAAAUUCUUUAGUUGUGGCUCACAUGUUACUCGACACCUGAAAAUUCAUACUGGUGAAAAACCCUUUGAAUGUAAGGAAUGUGGAAAGGCCUUCAGUUGUAGCUCAUACCUUUCUCAACAUCAGAGAAUUCAUACUGGUAAGAAACCCUAUGAGUGCAAGGAAUGUGGGAAGGCCUUUAGCUAUUGCUCAAAUCUUAUUGACCAUCAGAGAAUUCACACUGGUGAAAAACCCUAUGAAUGUAAAGUAUGUGGGAAAGCCUUUACUAAGAGCUCACAACUUUUCCAACAUGUGAGAAUUCAUACAGGUGAGAAACCCUAUGAAUGUAAGGAAUGUGGCAAAGCUUUUACUCAGAGCUCAAAGCUUGUUCAGCAUCAGAGAAUUCACACUGGUGAAAAACCCUAUGAAUGCAAGGAAUGUGGCAAAGCCUUUAGUAGUGGCUCAGCACUUACUAAUCAUCAGAGAAUUCACACUGGGGAGAAACCCUAUGAUUGUAAGGAAUGUGGGAAAGCUUUUACUCAGAGCUCACAACUUCGUCAACAUCAGAGAAUCCAUGCUGGUGAGAAACCCUUUGAAUGUCUUGAAUGUGGGAAGGCCUUUACUCAGAACUCACAACUUUUUCAACAUCAGAGAAUUCAUACAGAUGAAAAACCAUAUGAAUGUAAUGAAUGUGGAAAGGCCUUUAAUAAAUGCUCAAACCUUACACGACAUCUGAGAAUUCAUAGUGGUGAAAAGCCCUAUAACUGUAAGGAAUGUGGGAAGGCAUUUAGUAGUGGCUCAGAUCUCAUUCGUCAUCAGGGAAUUCACACUGGGGAAAAACCUUAUGUGUGCAAGGAGUGUGGACGAGGCUUUACCUGGAGGUCAAACCUCAUCACACACCAGAGGACACACUCAGGGGAGAAGCCUUAUGUGUGCGAGGAGUGUGGACGAGGCUUCACCUGGAAGUCAAACCUCAUCACACACCACAGGACACAUUCAGGGGAGAAACCUUAUGUGUGCGAGGAGUGUGGACGAGGCUUUACUUGGAAGUCAAACCUCUUCACACAUCAAAGGACACAUUCGGGGGUCAAGCCUUAUAUGUGCAAGGAAUGUGGGCAGAGUUUUAGCCUGAAGUCAAACCUUAUCACACACCAGAGGGCACACUCUGGGGAGAAGCCUUAUAUUUGCAAGGAAUGUGGGCGUGGCUUUCGCCAGCAUUCACAUCUCAUCAGACAUAAGAGGACACAUUCGGGAGAGAAGCCUUAUGUGUGCAGGGAGUGUGAGCAGUGCUUUACCCAGAAGUCACAUCUCAGUAGACACUUAAGGACACACACAGGAGAGAAGCCUUACACGUGCGCGGAAUGUGGGCGCCGUUUUAGUUGGAAAUCAAACCUCAAGACACACCAGAGGACUCACUCCGGGGUUAAACCUUAUGUAUGCCUGGAGUGUGGGCAGUGCUUUAGCCUGAAGUCAAACCUCAACAAACACCAGAGGUCACACACGGGGGAGAAGCCAUUUGUGUGCAGAGAAUGUGGGCGAGGCUUUACCCGGAAGUCAACCCUUAUCACACACCAGAGGACACACUCAGGGGAAAAGCCAUUUGCGUGCAGGGAGUGUGGACGAGGCUUCAACGAUAAGUCAACCCUCAUCUCACACCAGAGAACACAUUCAGGGGAAAAGCCUUUUGUGUGCAGGGAGUGUGGUAGAAGGUUUAGCCAGAAGCCAAACCUCUUUAGGCACAGGAGGGCACACUCGGGUCAUAUGCCCUUUGUGUGCAAAGAGUGUGGGCAGGGCUUCUGUGAUAAGUUAACUCUCGUCACACACCAGAAGGCACACUCCGGAGGAAAGCCUCACGUGUGCAGGGAGUGUGGGCAAGGCUUUAGCCGGCAGUCACACCUCGUUAGACAUCAGAGGAUACAUUCAGGAGAGAAGCCUUACAUUUGUAGGAAGUGUGGGCGAGGCUUUAGUCGGAAAUCAAACCUCAUCAGACAUCAGAGGACACACUCAGGAUAGACACCUUGUGUGUACAGCGAGUGUAGUGAAAUCUUCAGUCAAGAGUCCUAUUUCACAAGAUGCCAGAAGUCACACCUAGUGGUUUUAGUAAGAAGUCAGCCAUUACCAGACACCAAAGUGGAGACAGCUACUUACGUGUGACAGGAAUGUUCACGAGCCCAAUGGGAAGAGUCAACCUCUCCAGUCCGCCUGAAGGAGAACUACUGGCUCAUUUUCAGGAGCUCUGGCUUCCCCUAGUGGGGAUGGUGGGUUGUGGAAGAUCAGGUAACUUGAUGGAGGGAGCACUUAGAAGUAGAUUGAAAUAAAGGAAUGGAGACUAUUCUAAUGUCAUUUCCUGAGAAUAUUUAAACCCUCCUUACACAGUAACCUGGAUGUUAGAGAUAACAGCAAUAAUAGAGCUCGCCCCUUAAAAUCUGUCCGACUUUCUGAGAACAAGGGACUUGACAGAGACCAUUGCUGAUUUAAUCUUGCUUUCCCAGAGCAGGACCCAGCAGCAGUCAGCUUCAGGGAAGUUUGGGAAAUGAUGAAUUCAUGGAGACAGAGGUAGUACGUGGGUAGAAGAAGGUUUUAUUAUGCAAAAGGGCUUACAAGUGAGGAAGACCAUGACUGUCCUAGCUCUAGGUUUUGGGAGGAAGUAUCCAUUUUUGCUUGCUUCCAGGGGCUGUCUCUGGUUUCCAGGUUGAAUCCAUACUGAAGAUAUUCUUAUUUACCGAUGUAUUUAGACUAGAAAUGUAUUAUAUGCUUUUAUGAAGAAAACUGGUAGUAAUUUUUGUGAAUUUGACUUUCAAACCAAAAGUUAGAAUAUUGAAAAACAACUGUCGCCAUGAACUUGACAGCUUUCCACUACUUAGUCUUUUGUGACAAGAUUGCUGAUGAUAUUAAUGAAUGUGAUUUUGUAAUACCAUAUAAUGAAAUACGUAAACAUUUGGAAGAUCUGCCUAACUCAUUGAACAAGUAUUUUCCAAAUGAUUAGUGUGUGAUGCUACAAAAUCAUCCAUGGUGAUAUUAAAGUAUAAGAUAGGCAAAUGGAUUUCAGUUUAAAAGAUAAAGGUACCUGGCUGGCUCAGUCAGUAGAGCAUGCAGCUCUUGAUCUUGGAGUUGUGAGUUCGAGCCCCACCUUUAGGGAUAGAGUUUACUUUAAAAAAGAAAAGAAAAACCAAAACCAAAAAUUAAAAUUAAUACCAAUCUUUAAAAAAAAAAGAGAGAUAAAGGCCAGAUUCCACAUUACAGUAACCUUUAAAAAAUUAUCACUUGUUGACUUUUGGUAUACUUUGGUAUAGUCAAAGAAUAAUAUUAACAAAUAUCUGAAAAGGUCAUUAAGAUACAUCUCCAUUUUUUAAAUUUGUACAUGUGAGGUCAUAUUAUUUAUCUCAGCAAAUUAAAUGCAAGAGCACAUAUAAAAUACUAGCUAUAUUAAGAUUAAAGAGAUUUUCAAAAAUACAAGAUAAUGCCACUCUUCUCACUGAUCUAUUUUUUUUUUAAUUUUUUUGGUGGAAAAUAUUCAAACCCAAGUGAAAGUGAAGCACUUUACUUCUCAUUUAAAGUGCAUUGUUUCUAGAUGUUUAUGGUUUUGGGGUACCUAGCUGGCUCAGUCGGUGGAGCAUGUGAUUCUUGAUCUCAGGGUUGUGAGUUCAAACCCCACACUGGGUGUAGAGAUUACUUAAAAAUAAAGGUUUAAAAAAAAACCCAAACAGGUUUGGGGUUGCCUGGCUGGCUCAGUUGGUGGAGCAUGCGACUCUUGAUCUCAGGGUCAUGAGUUCAAGUCCUGUGUUGGGUGUGGAGCUUAACAACAAAACGUUUAGAUGUUUAUGAUCUAUAUCUCACAGCAAAAAAUACUUCACACACACUUAAACACCAAAAAAAAAAAAAAAAAAAAGUUACCUAACAUACUAUUAUACUUAAUAUAAUUUAAACUAGGCAUGGGGCACCUGGCUGGCUCAGUUGGUGGAGCAUGAGAAUAUUCAUCUCUGCGUCAUGAUUUCGUCCCCAUGUUGGGUGUAGAGAUUACUG